AUGAGUAAUUGUAGUCUUAAAUGCAGUAUUUUACCUUGCGUACACACAUUAAAAAAUAAAAAUGAUUUAGAUUUUUAUGAUUUAAAGGAAAAUAUCAUACAAAGUUGUAAAAAUGAAAUAAAUAUUAAUACAGAAAUGACAAAUUUUAAAAAUAUAAGUGAUAAUCAUAAUAUGGAUAAACAGUUAAGUAAUAAAUUAAAAAACACGAAAGUAGAAAAUUGUAUUAAGAGUGAUAUGAACUUAAAAUUAAAAGAUUUUAAUUUAGAGGAACUUAUUAGUUCAUUUCAGAGAGAUAAAAAAAAUAUAUUGUUAAAUACUUAUAAUUAUUAUUUCCAUAAUAAUUUCUUCUAUUUAAAUGAAAAGGAAAAGAAUGAAGUGAAUGAUGAUAUAAACAUUUACUAUUACAAGCGUUUAUCUCUUAAUAUUAUGAAUUUUGAUUAUGAAAAAGAUUACAAGCAAGAUAAACUUAAUGGUGUGAAACCAAUUUUAUUUAAAUCUGAAAAGUGCGAUUUUAAUCAGAAAAUAUUUAGAACUGCUUCAUAUGAUGACAUUUUUUUACAAAAAAUAAAAAUUAGUAACAUAGAUAAAAGCACAAAAAAAUGUAUCAAAAAAUAUAAAAUUCCAUUUGAACCUAAUUUUUAUAGCAACCGAUUUUUUUUUUCAGAUAAAUAUAUUAAUGAUGAUUCAUUUCUUUUAAGUAAUAAUUGCACAAAGUAUUGCAAUUCAUUGUCCAUUAAUAAUAAUAAUUCAAUUCUAAAUACGAAUAAUAAGACAUUAAAAAAUUCCUUAAGUCAUAUAAUAUACAUAUUACGAUUUGAAGGCCCACCACCACAUUUUUUAAUAAUAAAGUUCAAUAAAAAAAUUAAAAAAGCUUUUAUUAUAAAAAAGGUACCAGUAAAUAAAAAUAUUUCUUUUAAUCUGGCUAAAUUCAUUGCAGAAAAAUAUAUACAAAUUCUAAGGAAAAAUUUAAAAAAAAGAGAAAAAAAAAUGGAAAAGAUAAGAAGUAAUGGAAAUAAUCAUGAUAACCAAUUAAUUGUUAAUAAUUCUAAUAAUAAUAAUGAGAUUUAUUAUAAUAAUAAGCAAUUUGAAAUUAGAGGAGAUAAUGAUAAUAAUUCGAAUCUUAUUAAUAAUAAUAGUAACAUUGACAACUCGAGAGAAAUUUUAAUUAAAAAUGAUGAAAUUUUAGAUGAAUUUUGUGAAGAUUAUUUUAGCAAUUACCUCUUAAAUAUAAAUUCCUUAACUUAUGAAAACUAUAAUUCAGAGAAUACCUGUAGUGAAAAAAUAUAUACAAACGAAUAUUUAAAUAUUGAUUUAGAAAAAAUAGUUUUUAACACUAACACUGAAAAAUAUAUAAAAUUUUUAAACAACAUUAAAAUAUAUUUUUUAAAAAAAGUAGAUGAUAUAAAAAAUUGUAACAUUGAUAAUGUAGAUAAUUCAGAAAAUAAAUUAAUUAUAUUAGUAAAUAUAAAAUAUGGUUCAUCAGUUAAAUCAAAAAUUUUUAUCUUUACAAAUCUAGUAGAUAUGGAAAGUGAAUAUGAAUAUAUAGAUAUAUUGGAUAAAAAACAUAAUGAUGAUACUUUUUGUUCCAAAUUAUAUAAAAGCAAAAACGAUAAAAAAAAUGAAAGUGACAAUAAUCAUAAAAAUACCUCUAGUGGUUCAAUAAACAGUGAUACAGACAUGAAUACAAAGAUCAAUAAUGUAAAUACUAUCAAAAAUAACAAUAAUAAAAAUAUUAAUAACACAGAUAACAAUUAUAAUAAUAAUACUACAUGUAAUAAAAAUUUUUUUUUAAAUAACAAUGAAUCAAAUUCUACAAUUGAAAAUAACGAUAAUAGUCCUCUUGAUAUAUAUAAACAUGAGCAUAGUGACUAUAUUUUUAGUGCAGAUAACAUGAAUGAAAAAAUAUUAAAUAAGGAAAUUUCGGAUGAUGAUACAGUUCCUAGAUAUAAUUCUGAUAGAAGUGUUGAUGAAAAUAAAAAUAAUAUAACAUUGAUUGACAAAGAAGUUAAAAACCUUGAUUACCUUUUAGAAAAUGAGGAAAACAAGUAUAAUGAAAUAAAUAUAUGUAAUGAUAAAAAUAAUGUAAGUAUGCAAAAAAAGAAAAAGAUGUCGCAAAAAUAUAAAAGAAAAAUAAUUAACUUUAUACGCAAUAAUGUAUAUAUUAAUUCAUAUAUAUAUAAUUGCUUUGAAAGUACGGAUAUGAAAAAUAACCUUUUUAAAGAUGAUGUGAUUAUAAUUGAUGCCACAAAAGAUCAGUUAAUAAAUAAUUUACCAUAUUAUGUAUAUGAAUUAAAUAAAUUUGUUUUUAUUAAAUUUAUUAAAUUUGAAAAUUAUAUAAAAAGAAAUCACAAAUUAGCAGAAAGAUACAUAAAACAUUUAUUACAAAGUAAUGUAAAAUGUAUAAACAAUUAUAUGAUAGGUAUGAGAUGGAUACCUGAUAUUUUUGCAUAUGAGUAUUAUGUUUGCAGGAUCACUGAAGUUAACUCUGAAGUAAAAGAAAAUAAGAAAAGUUUAAAAGGCAAUUAUUCAUUAGCUUUGCAAAAAAAUUCAAAUAAAGGUUCUAUAAAAUAUUUAGUAGAUUAUGAAAACAAAAUAAUUGAUAAUGUGUUAUGUGUUCUUCAUGAAUAUUAUCAAACAAGCCUAUUUACUGAAAAAUGCAUUUUUAAUUUAUUUAAGCUAGUAUUGAUGCGUGUUAGUAUGUAUGCCGAUGUUAUGAAUAAAAAGAUUAUUACUUUAGACCUGGAUAAAGCAAUGCAUAGAAUGAAAAAAUUUUCUGAACCAAUAAAUAUAAAUGAUCUUUGCACAUUAUCUGAAUACGAGAAUUUAACAACAAAUAAAAAUAUAGAUAUGGAUUCUGAGGUUGUUUUGAAAGAACAAAGUAACAAUUUGUUGAGAUCAUCAAAUUGGAGUAAUUUAAAUAAUGAUAUGAAUUCCUUAGAAUGUAGAGAUAAUGACAUAAAAAAUAAAAAUAACAAUAUAAGUGUAACAUAUACUUAUAAUGAUAAUAAUGCAAAUGAAAGAAGUGUUUCUAAUAAAGAUAUUCAAAUAAAACAUGUUUCGGAUAGUGAUAUAAGAAAAUCAAGCAACUCAUCACAUAAUAAAUAUAAUCAAUUAUUUAUUAAGAAGGAUAAAUAUGAAAAAGAGUCAUCUCUACAAAAUAAAUUUAAGAAUAAAAAAAAGGUGAGUUAUAACUUAGAUAAUACAUCUUUAUCAUUAAAAAAAAAGAAAAGUAAAGCUGAAGGCUAUGAUUUAUUAAAAGGGGAACCACUUUGCUUAAAAUAUUACAGUUCAUCUUCUAACAACGUGCUAGUUAACAUAGAAAAUCAUAAAAAAGGAUAUUAUUCUAAUACAAGUGAUUUAAGUACCAAUUCUCACAAUGCAAAACAUAAAUAUCAUUUGCGUAGUAACAACCCUCACUCAACAGAUAAUUAUUCAUCUGAAGAAUAUAUGACAAGAAGCAACUUGAGGAAUAGGGAAAAAGGGAAAAAUAAAAUGGUUUAUAAAAUAAUGAAUAAGAAUGGUCUGAUAGAGCCAUAUUGGUGGUUUUUUUACAAUUUAUAUACAAAUGCUUGCGUACAAAGUGAUAAAACAAACCCAUUGGCAUCGAAGAUAAGUAAAACAAAAAAUUCAUUAAAAAAAGGUGAAGAAAACAUAAACUUACUUAAUAAUAGCGAUAAAUCUGGUAAGGGAAAUGAUAAUGAUGAUUACAGAAAAAUAUUAAAAAAAUACAAAUCUAAUUUAUUAAAUCAUUUUAAUACAAGAAAUAAUAAAAUAAAAAUAAAAUACAUUUCAAUGGUACAUGAUAUAAUAUAUAAAAAAUUUAUUCUUUUAAAAAAUACUAUUUUUCCAAGGAAUAUACAUGAAGCAGAAAUAAUAUAUACAUUAUUUCCUCAUGAAUCUCAAACCUUUAUGUUUGUAUGUACUGAUGAUAAUUUGAAGUAUCAAAAUCAGAAUUUUCUUAAAUAUAUCUCUUUCAGUGAUUAUAUAAUGACUUACAACAAAAUAGAUGAAAAUAAGAGAGAUAUUAUAAAUAAUAUUCAUGAGAAAAAUGAUAUUUUACAUAUAGAAGAAUAUAAUGGCUUAGAAAAUAAUAAAGUAAUAGACAAAGAUUUUUAUUUAGAUCAUUUUAUCAUAGGUGAUUCAAAGGAUGCGUCAAAUGUACUAGUAGAUAAUAAUUUUAAAUAUUCGCACACCCCUAACUAUGAUAAAAUUAAAAGGAAUAAUAGAGAAGCAUAUUCUUAUUCAAAAGAAAUAAAUGAUAUUAAAAAUUUGAGCGAAAAUAAAUGUAACAUUAAGAUAUUAUUGAAUAAUGUAGAAGAAAGCAAUGAUAAUGGUACUAAGAAUAAUAGCAAUGAUGAAAAAGAUAGGAAUAAUUAUAUAUAUAACGGUAAUGGCAUUAAAGAAAAUUCUCAUAAAGUUUUUGACUUUGAAAAAAAUAAAAGAGAAAUAAAGCAAAAUGCUUAUUAUGAUUACUUUUUAAAUGACAAAAAUUUGUUAAAUACAACAGAAAAUUUUCAUGCUGUUGGUGAAAAAAGAAGUGUUUCAAGUACUAAUUUUGGUAGGAGUAAAUAUUACGAAAAUAUUGGUGAAGAUGAAGAAAAAAAAAAUACAAGUGAUAAUGAUAUUUCUUUAAUUAAGAGAAGAAGGAAUGGUAGUAAAAGAGCAAAGAGUAAUAAUUUAUCAAAUGCAAAAAAUUACAGUAUGUGCAAUAAAAAUGAUGUAAAUAAUGAAGAAUUAUUAAUUCCUAUGGGGCCUUUGCCUACAGGUGUUUAUUUUGAUUCGGCAAGAAAAUUAUGGAGAUGUCAAUGGAAAGAAAACGGGAAAUUUAAAACAAAAGGAUUCAGUCUUAUACACUAUAAUACGUUGGAAGAAGCAAGAAAACAGUGCAUUAUAUAUAGAUGUGAUGUAGGAAAUAUACCUGUGAAAAAUGAAUGGUUAAACCCUGUUUAUGUCAGCUCUUCAUAUUUUUUUAAUAAAAAGUGUGCUAGUAGUAAUAAUAAUAAUACAAAUUAUUCAAACAAAGAGUUAAAGACUAGUUCUUUGAAUUUAAAUAAACUAAAAGAAAAAACAACUAAUACUACUAAAAACUUUAUUGAUGGAUCAAGUAAAAAUUCUAGUGAUCAUUGUUAUAAUAGCAGGCAUUCUACAAAAAAUAAUGUAUCUACAAGCUUUUUGAAUAAUGAAAAAGGUGAUGAUAUAGACAUCUCUAUUUUAAAAGAAUUCGUUUCAAAAAAUAAAGAAAAUAGUCAGACACUGUGUUUUAAUUCUGAAAAAGAAAAAACUGAGAUGGAUAGUAUUAAUUCUCAAAAUAGUAAAGUGAAAACCGUUAAAGAAGAAAAUAGAGAAUUAUUAGAUAAAGGUAAUAUUGAAAUGCAAAUAAAAAAAAGUAAUGGUGACUUAAAAAUAGAAAAUGAUUGUAUGCUAAAUGAUGAUUAUACAAAAGAUAAAUAUAAUUUAAAUAAUAAAGAAAAUUUAGAAAAUUUUAUUGAUUCUUCUAAUAAAAAAUAUUUAAAUACUUAUAAUAAUAUUGAAAGUUCAUUUUCUUUAGGAAAAAAAGGUACUAAUGAUGAAUUAAAAAUGAAUAUUAGUGUAAAUAAUGAAAUAUAUUCACCACUUAAGAAGUUAAAAGGUAAUACUGUGAAAGAUGUUAAGUUAAAUGAAAUAAAAAAUGAAUCAGAUGAUUGUAAUAUUCCAAUGAAAACAAAAUUAAAAUUUGACGAAAAUUUAAAUAAUCAAAAUAACUUUACGAGUUAUAGUGAUAAUGAUAAUAAUUUUAAUUAUUAUAAUAAAAAGAAGAAUGGUCAAAUUGCAUGUAUAGAAUAUGACAUUAUUUUUAAUAAAGAAAUGAAUAAGGAAAAAGGGAAAAAUUUUCAGGAAUCAUCAUCCAAUUCUAUUAUUAAAAAACAAUAUUCUUCAGAUAUAGAAGAUAAUAGAUUGAAUAAUUUAAGGCAAAACACAGAUAUGAAAUAUACUUAUGUUAAGAAAAAAUUUCCAAAAGAUAAUACUGAUAAUAUGCAAUAUGAUGCCAACAAGGAUAGCACUCAUAUAAAUGAUGACAGAAGUAAUAUUAAUAAGGAGGGAUCAAGUUAUCCUGAAAUAUUUUUUCAAGAUAUUCAAAAUUUUUUAAACUUUGUAAAAGAGAAAGAAUGUUCAAGUGAUAAUACCUAUGCUAACCAAGAGGAAAACGAUGCAGCUUAUAUGAAAAAAAAAAACAUGAGUAACACUAUGUAUGAAAAUUAUUUUAAAUCAAUUAUAGUUCAGUAUGAAAAUGAAGAAAAACAAAAGCAUUAUUUUAAUGCCACUGAUAGUUAUGGCAUUAAUAAAAAUAAUGAUGCUACUACGAAUAAUGAAAAUGGUACUAAUAAUGAUAAUAUAAGUAGUAGUAGCAAUAAAUUAGAAAAAAGUGAUAAUGAAGAUUCUCUAAAUAGGUCUUCUCAAUUAAAAAAUAGUUAUAAUUAUUCAUUUUUGAAUGAUAAAGAAAAAUCUAUGGAUUUUUUACGUUAUAUUAAAAAAAUUGCGGAUAAUAAAAAAAAAGCGAUAAAUCAUAUAGAAGAAAAUAAUAAUUGCACAACACUUGACAAAAAUGAAGAAUGCAACAACAAAUAUGAUUUAAAUGAAAAUGACAAUAAUUUAUUAACAGAAGGCUUUCAAAAUAAUUCAAAUACUGUUAAUGAAAAAAGGAAUUCUGAUAUACAUGAAGGGAAUAAGGAAAAAUUAGAUAAUUUAAAAUAUACGGAAUUUAUAACUUCAGAAAAAGAAAAUAAUGACUAUACACUUAAAAAAAAAAAUGAAAAUAUAGCAAAUAAAUUAAUUUAUAAUAGCAAUAAUAAUGAUGAAAAUGGUUUGAAUGAACAAAAUAUAAAUUUCACGUUGAAAAAGGAUGCUACAAAUGAAAAAAAAUAUAUAAAUUUUAAAGAAAUCAUUACAAGUAAUUUAAUAAACGCAAAUAAAAACAAUUAUGAAACUAAAAAUAAUGAGUUAGAUACAAACUUGGAUUAUAAUAAAACAUUAAAAUAUGGUAACAACUGUGUAUUAAAUAUGACUGAUGAAAGUAUUUAUUCCUAUUAUAAAAAUAACGAUACUUUUAAUCAAGAAAAAAAAAAUGUGAAAGCACUAGAUAGUAAUAAUAAUAAUAAUAAUGCUGAUAUAGUGCCAACAAAUAAAAUUAAAGAAUCAUCGGAAAAUAGUAGUUACAACUCAUUAAGUCAGGAUAUAACAAAAUCAUUUAAUAUUACUAAUGUAAAAAAUGGAAAUAAUCAGUCCUCAUCGGAACCUUUUUUUAAUAUGAAUAAUCAUAAUAAUAAUAAUUUAGAAGAGAAAGUAAAUGAAUAUUAUGAGGGAACAUUAUAUACAAAAAAAAAAGCUAAAACUACUAAUAAUGAUUUUAAAAAGAAUAAAGAAAAAAUUAAUUUUGAUAAUUAUAAUUUACAUGAGGGAAAUAAUGAAAAUUGUUAUACGAAUAAUCAUUUAAUUAACAAUCUAUAUAACAAUCAUAAUAAAAAUAGCAAUAAUAAGAAUGAUAAUAUUUCAGAAAAUGAAUUAAAUAAUACGCCAUGCUUUAAUAAGAAAAAGAGUUUAGAUAUUGAUAUCAAUUUAAUAAAGCAGUCAUUACCUAAAGGUAUUUAUUAUGAUCAUGCAAAAAAGUUAUAUAGAGUUCAAUAUAUAAUAAAUAAUUCUAUUAAGACAAAAGGAUUUAGUGUAAAAAAAUUGGGUUUAGUACAAGCAAAAAUUGAAGCAGAAUCUUUUAGAAAUUUUUGUUUAGAAAAUGGAUUACUUAAUUCACGUAAAAGAAGAAUCAAUUCUCCAUAUAAUAAGAAGGAAGAAAAUUUUAAGAUGAUAAAAGAUAAUGAAGAAAUAUUAUCAAAUUUAUUGUAUUUAUACAAUUCUAAUAAUAAGCCAAGAUGA